GAAUUUUACGAUGGCAGCAAAGUACUAAGUACUAGUUUUAUCAGUAUUCAAACACAUCUGGCAGCGCUUAUAACCUCAAAUGUUCAAGUUCCUUGAAAUCAACAAUAUUUAUUCAUUUAAUUACAUAUAGUUUUCUUUUAAACGUUUUUACACAAUUUUAUAGAGAAUUUUAGUCUCAAAUAAUGACUAGUGAGAACGACAUACAUUAUCAAAAAGAAGAGGAGACGCUGCGGCAACUACUUAAACUGGAAGAACUGUUUAGAGAGCACUUAGCGCUUACCAAACGUGAAAUGCUUCUUCAGAAAGACAUGGUAAACCGUCUGUGGGUUUUGUCUCAACGCUAUGUCAUUUUAAUAAGCACAACAGGCUGUUGUAAACAUCCAGAAGUGUAUUCUGGGCCCACAGAGGAUAUUUUGCUACGAGAAUAUACUGAUAAACUUAACCUUUUACGCACAUCCAAUUGCCGAAUUUCAGAUUCCUUAAGAAAACUACGGCAGCAAUGUACUGUUUUUAAUUCACUGCACAGUCAGUUAGAUUUAACGUUAGAAACUCCGUUUAUAAUUGGUGACACAUUUCAUAAACCAAUAUCAUAUUUUGUUGAGCUGGUAGACGAUUUAUUUAAAUAUUUACACGCGCUGAGUGUAAAAUUAAAAUAUUUGAGUCAUCAAUUGGAUCCGGUGGAUUUACUUGUCCUUGAGGAAUACAAAUCAGCUUUAGAGCCCUCUGAAGACUUCGAUGAAUACUUACUAGUUGGACUAAGUUACUGCAAAUGUUUGCGCCCAAAACAAAUUUGCCAGUAGGAAGAAAUCAAUCGCGUCUAAAUUGUAAAUGACUUGUUAGUAACUUGUGAUACUUCUGUUCCUUUAUCGAUUUGAAAUGUAAACAAAACACUUUUUGUUAAAUAAAACUGUAUCCUCAAUUCUAUAGUUAAAAAAGUAAAA